AACCGAACCCUAGCUUUCCCCUCAUUUGCGCAUCAUCAUCAUCUCUCAGCGAUAUGUCCAGCCUCAGAAGAGCCCUCCUGGUCGCAGGCAAGACGAAGCUCAACCUCCAGAACUGCCACUUCAUCACCGGGAUCAACUACAACGGCCUCACCGUCAAACAACUUCAAGAGCUCCGCGGGAUCCUCCGGGAGAACAGCAACACGAAGCUCCUCGUGGCGAAGAACACGCUGGUCUUCAAGGCCCUGGAAGGGACCAAGUGGGAGUCCCUGAAGCCGUGUAUGAAAGGCAUGAACGCCUGGAUCUUCGUCCAGACCGAAGACAUCCCCGCGGCGCUGAAGACGUUCGUGAGUUUCCAGAAGGAGAAGAAGCUGUUCGACAACAACUUGGGCGGGGCCGUGUUCGAGGAGAAGCUGUACGCUCCUCAGGAUUAUAAGGUUAUCGAAACGAUGCCGUCUAAGGCUGAUGUGUAUGGGAUGGUGUUUGGUGCUUUGCAUUGGCCCGGGUUGGAUCUCGUCAAUACGUUGGAGGCUCCUGCUGCGUCGGAGACUGAGAGUGCUGCUGCGUAGAGGAGUUCACUAAUUUAUCAGUGAGCUGAAAAGAAUCAUCCUUUUGUGUUUGUUCUUCUGGAUCAAAGAUAGUAUUUUUGUCAAAAUAAAAAUUUGAACUUGGCUUUUUCAGACCAGUGUUUCUUGGUUUUGUUAUAAUUGGAUUUAGAUUUCUUGUUUUGUACUGUUUGUUUGAAGUGAAUUUGCUGGUUGAAUGGUUAAAUAACAA